AUGGGCACAAUCAGCCCUUGCAGAGCCAUUUGGGCUUUGCUUUACAUCUUGUCGCUUUGCAACGCGCAAGAUACCGUGCCCGUCGCAACCCAGCCCAUUGUUUCAGCGGUGACAGUCUCGACUGUGGUACCGUCGCUGCUAACUAUUUACUCCGUCGUCACAUCGACCUCAACGGAGCCCGUCGCUGCUUCGAUCGCAACUAUCACCACUGUCGUAGGCGGAACCCAAACAACGCUUCUAUCAACUGUAAGCGGGGAGGCCAACGCGCGACCGGUUGUAAUCCAAACGAUUACGAACACGAUUAUAUCGACAGUCUCAGUAACCACAACUGAAGUAAUUCAGAGUACCAUCGGUUCUACCACGAUCUUCGGUGCAACAUCCGGGCCACAGCCAACUUCCGACUUAGUAGCUACCACUACAGUAGGAUCAGCAUCAGGAGUUAUUGUCACUUCAGGUGGCGGGGUUGGUACUGGUGCGUUCUCAACUGCCGAUCCAACCACUGCAAGCUUAAGCGUGACCGGCGUGACCGGCGUGACCACCCAAGAUGCGACUCCAACAUUUCCUUCUCCGUCGGCAGGAUCUAGUUCGGCGGCGCAUUCAUCGGGAGGAGGUCUAGCGACAGGGACCAAGGCUGGCAUAGCGAUUGGAGUUAUCCUUGGAGUGACCGCGCUUGUCGUGGCGGGGUUUUUACUAGGUCAGCGCUAUUCGCGACGACGCAGUACUGACGGUCACUACGUGGAAAGUUUACCGGAUGCAACUGUUCAUGAGAAGGACGCGUUUCAAGCCGGUCGUCCUUACGAGCUGACUGGUUCGAAUCGACAUCCUACCGAGAUGUCAACCGGAAAAAUGCACCCCUAUUCCUUCGCCACUGCCGAAACGAGGAGCGGCUCGGAGUCAGUGAGUGGCAAAUCCUAUGAGAUGCCCGGAUGUGGUGUUUCGCCCUCUUAUUCUCCCUACAAUGAACCUGCGGAGCUAUCGGCAUUGCCACAAUUUGAUAAAAAGGGUGACGCUCCUAUGUAUGUGGGAGUGCCUGCUCAUAUGAGCGGCAGUAAGCGUUGGAGUAUGAAAGAGUAUGAGAAAUCUUGA